AAUUGAUCUUUGUACAACUCCAUAAUUCAUUGCCCUAACCAAAUGGCUACCAUUAUUAUCUCUAUUAUUUUCAUCCUUCAAUUAUUUUUGCAAAAUUGUCUAGUCCUUGCUAGUCCAAUUCUUGGCCAAAGUAGACAAGCUUUGGAGAUAAUCAUCGGCGGAGGUGGUGGAGUACCUCCACCGGAUAAUCAAGAUUGUCCACCACCUCCUCCGCCACCAGAACCUCCUUGCCCUCCGCCACCAUCGCCACCAUUGCUCCUCUUUGAAAGUAAACGUAUCGAGAUUGCCUAUCAUGUCAUCCAAAAGUUAAAGUCCAAAAUCAAAUGUGACCCUUUACAUAUUACAAAAACAUGGAUUGGCUCUGAUGUUUGUAACAAGUACAAAGGUUUUCGUUGUGCCACGGUUCCUGACUUAAAGGUAAAAGCACUAGCUGCUGUGGACUUCAAUCAGUACCAAUUUGAUGGCCCUGACCUUACUAUUGACGGCUUUCUUGAUGAAUUACCAGACAUAACAAUCUUCCACGCAAAUACCAACAAUUUUAAAGGUACAAUCCCCAAGAAAAUCGCGAAUCUUCGUUAUCUCUAUGAGCUAGACCUUAGCAACAACAAAUAUAAUGGUGAAUUCCCAAAUAACAUUGUUUUUGGUGCCAAGAAAUUGUAUUUCUUGGACCUUAGGUUCAAUUCAUUUUCCGGGUUGGUUCCCCCUGAAGUUUUCCUGUUAAAUCUCGAUGUUCUGUUCAUCAACAACAACAAUUUAAUCCAAAAACUUCCUGAUAACUUGGGAUCAACUCCAGUUCUUUACUUAACUUUAGCCAACAACAAAUUCACCGGUCCAAUUCCUCGUAGCAUUGGUCAAGCUUGUAAAUCAUUACGCGAAGUUCUGUUCUUGAACAACCAGCUCACUGGAUGCUUGCCUUAUGAAAUUGGGCUUUUAAGUAAAGCCACAGUUUUCGAUGCGAGCAAAAAUCAGUUAACAGGAAAAAUACCUCAUUCAUUUGGAUGUUUAGCUAAGAUGGAGAUACUUAACUUGGCACAAAAUCAGUUCUACGGAGCUGUGCCUGAACUCGUGUGCAAACUCUGCAAUUUGAAAAAUUUGAUGCUGAGUUACAAUUACUUCACUGAAGUUGGGCCGGAAUGCAAGAAGUUAAUUCAGAAAAAGGUUCUUGAUGUGAAAAUGAACUGCAUUCCAGGCUUGCCAAUGCAAAGAUCAGCAGAGGAAUGUGCUGCAUUUUUCUGUAAGCCAAGAUCAUGUCCUGAUGAAAAGUCAAUGGGAUUUGUUCCUUGUAGCAUUGGCAGUUCUGAGCAGAAUCAACAGAACGCAAGUGAGACCGCGCCAGCGCCAAGAACUUACAGUGUUUUGAAACCGCAUUCGUUGUAAAUGCUCUGUUUUUUCCAUGUUUGCAGAUUGAACUAUGGCAGCAGGAAAUGUAAAUUUGCCAAGUUUAACUUCCUUAUCUUCGUUGAUGCAUGUUAUGUUUGUUAAUUAUAAUAAAAUAAUUACGUAUGUUCCGUUUGGAUAAGAUGA